AUGGCGACACAGAGACCUGGUUUCGCCCGAGCGGACACCGACAUCCCCUCGAGUGAUGUUGGACAUGCCACCUCGAACGACAUCGAAAAGGAGGGUGCGAGCCCCGAGAUCGCCUCCAUAAGCUCAGAUCACCACGUCUUCGACGCAGCAAAGGAAGACCAUUUUGGAGAGGCAGAAGUCAUCUCGGAUGCCAAGGGCGUUCUUACACAUGUUAUCCAUGUUGACGAUGACCCUUCCCUCAGUCCAUGGACCUUUCGUGCCAUGUUCCUGGGUAUCGGCCUCGCAAUCUUCGCAUCCGUCAUCCAGGAAAUCUACUACUUCAAGCCGCAAGCCAUCUAUGUCUCCCUUGUCUUUAUUACAGUCAUUGGCUAUGCUCUUGGAGAGCUGAUGGCCUUGCUCCCUCGAACGAAUGCUGUUUUCCGCUUCUUCAACCCCUUUCCAUUCAACAGCAAAGAGCAUGCCUUCAUUCUCAUCAUGGCCUCGGCAGCAGCAACGAAUGCCGUCUCGACGGAAAUCCUUGCCGCUCAAAGACUUUACUAUAAUAUGGAUCCAAGCGCUGGAGCUUCAAUCUUCCUCGUCAUCUCUUCGCAGCUUCUUGGCUUUGGUAUUGCCGGCCUACUUAGGUCUAUCCUAGUCCAACCUACUAGAAUGUUAUGGCCCAUAAAUAUCCCUGUUGUCUCACUCAUCGAAACCCUUCAUCGAGACAAGACAGAAAACCGGUUCCGUCUAAAGGUCUUCUGGAUCGUCUUUGGCGUUUUAUUCGUCUGGGAAAUCAUCCCCGAGUGGAUUUUCCCUCUGCUUCAAGGACUGUCAAUUUUCUGCCUCGCCAGGCAACACAGUCUUACGUUCACCAACCUCUUUGGUGGAUCUCAAGGCAAUGAGGGUCUCGGCUUCUUGUCCAUUAGCUUCGACUGGCAAUACAUUGCUAGUUUGGGCUCACCUAUGUGGCUUCCGAUUGUCACCCUCACGAAUACCCUCAUCGGAUAUAUCCUCUGCAUUGUUCUCUUCAUGGGUAUAUACUACGGCAACAUAUGGAGAUCCCAGGAUUUCCCCUUCAUGUCUCAGCUUCUCUAUGAUACUAGCUCGAACUCAACCGUUUUCGCCGAGUACAACCUUACCGCGAUUCUUACACCAGAAAACUUUAUCGACCAAGCUGGCUUGAAGGCCAACGGAAUCCCUUACUUGACUGGAACCUAUGUUGCCUAUCUCAUUACCACCAACAUGGGAUGUACUGCCACGCUCGUCCACAUGAUUCUUUGGAACUGGGAUGACAUCAAACAGGGAUUCUUUUUCUUGUCCCCAAGCAACCUGAAGAAGCUCCUGCAGCUCUCCUUCUGGGUUUUCUGGAAAGGCGGUAAAUCCAAGGAAGAACAUAAGCGCGAGGUUCUGGAAAAUCCCAAGAUGGAUCCUCAUUAUAAGAUGAUGGUUCAGGCAGGUUACGAGGAAGUGCCUAAUUGGUGGUACGCUAACGUGCUGCUACUAAGUUUUGCUGUCGGUAUGGGUACGAUUUAUGCUGUCAAGUCAUCGCUACCAUGGUGGGGCUAUAUCGUUUCGAACAUCUUCGCACUGGUCUUCAUCUUGAUCUUUGGGGCUCAAAUGGGUCUCACCGGCUUUCAGUUUAAUCAGCAACCGAUCAUCCAAAUGAUUGCUGGAUACCUGCAUCCAGGAAAACCACUCGCAAACAUGUACUUUACUGUGUUCGGCUUCAACGGCAUUCAGCAAGGUCAAUGGCUAUUGAGAGAUCUCAAGGUCGCCCAGCUCGUUCAUCUCUCCCCCAAGUCAACCUUUACAGCGCAAAUGCUUGGUGCCGUCAUUGGUGCAGUUUUCAACUAUAUCAUGAUGAAGAGCAUCGUGACCAACCAAUUUAAGAUUCUCAAAUCUGUCGAAGGCUCAAACGUCUGGUCCGGCCAGAAUGUUCAACAGUACAACACCCUAGCAAUCGCAUGGUCUAUCGCAGGAGAUCUAUUCUCAGUCGGAGCACGUUACCAAUGGGUUACUAUCUCUUAUCUUGUCGGUUUCAUCGUCCCAGUUCCCUUUUACCUAUUGCACAGGUACACCAAGAUUCGCUUCUUCGAAUAUAUCAAUCUUCCGAUUGUGCUGUGGUAUAUGGGCUGGCUGUUCGUCGGAGUCAAUGCGAGUAUUGGAUCGUAUUUUGUGAUUGGAUUUAUUGCGCAAUUUUACUUGCGGAAGUACAAACCAGGCUUGUUCGUCAAGUACAACUACCUCGUCUCUGCGGCCCUCGAUGGCGGAACCCAAGUGAUGGUUUUCAUCUUGAGCUUCGCAGUGUUUGGAGGAAGCGGGAAAUCUCAAGCCUUCCCGACAUGGGCAGGAAAUAAUGGCGGGGUUGCUAAUGGGAAGAACAUUGAUUACUGCAUGUAUAACUCUGCCAACGGUUAG